UAAAUGCUGCCUCCCCCCUCGUCCUCGCUCUCUUCACACUUCUCCUACCUCUCCCUGCUUCUCACCAAAAAGAAACACCACUCAACUACUCCCGGCGGACAGUGAUAGUAAGGCGCCGCCCAGCAUACAGCACGAUGCAGCCGCUCACCACCGUCUUCACGCCACCUCCCGGGUGCUAUAAUAGGUUCGUGGUAUACAUCGACACCAACUCAUACCACUCGAGCGUUGGGCGGAUUUCCAGCGGAUUCUGGGACCGAUCCUUCUCCAAAUGCGCGCCGUGCCAGAACACAAAACCCGUUCUAACCUUCAGUCCCGGUGUGUGCCCCCAGCAGAUGAGCAUUGUCUCUUCGGCAUCUAUCAGCGAGGAAGAUGGGGCCAGCACGUCUUUCUGGAGGGGAUGGUGUUGUCAGAGCGGGUUCGUUGUCUGGAGCCAUGGCCUCUGCACGUCCACUGCUACCGCUCCGUUCUCCGUCCUCCUCGAUCCAAACAUCUCCACCACCGACCUGUACACAACCUUCUCGACCGAUACGUGGAUAAUGCACGAUCCGGUGACUGUCGAGUGGCAGGAGGCUGAUCUCAAGUUACUGCCGCCGGAGAUCGCUUCGCAUUACAGGUCCAUAAUGGGGAUCACAACUGCGGCCCCAGCUGCUCUUUCGAUCGCCAUCUCUCAUCCAAGUGAGGAGUCUUCCAGCACGGCCGAAACCGCACCAUCGACUUCGCCCUUCUCCCUUGGCCAUACCACGCCACCGGUAGCACCAACAGUACUGGCGCCAUCGACAUCUGCUCCGCCACCUGCCCAUACAUUCCCGGCAUCUACUACUUCUAGUCGUGGGUCUCGACUAUCACAUCGGGCCGAAAGCAUCUUGAUCUCGUGGCUGGCAUUUCUCUUCUGGAUACAUCACUUACAGUAGCGUAAGUCGUGGUAGGCAUGGGAGUGGAACCUAGAUAUCAUACAGUAGAAAGGGAGAGAAGGGGCCGAGGUGGCAUUUGCAGCACCAACCUAAUAUUAUAUUAAUACGCCCUGUCUUAACUACGUCCAUUCCCCAUCUCUAGCUACACGAGAGAUAGCCCCGGAUGGGAAACGAAAAGGAACGAUGUUAAAUAUCCUCUUAUCCAAAGCUGGACUUAGGAACAGAGUCGAAAAAGCUACUUAAGAGCAGCCUCCAGUCGCAGAUCCGGGGAUGUUAGGAAGACGAGAAACCCGAGGUUCUCGCGACUCCAGUCUCAAUGUAACGUUUCUCCAAGUAUAGUUACCCCGAAGCUCGAACUCUCCUCCAAUCCCGAGCCAGCCGGCCAAACACCACCCAUCCGCUACUCGUCGGCGGAUAUCGAAUGUCGACCGAUCCGGGUGUGCGGGGUGCAGAUGGUGGUAGAUGGUGAUUCGAUGGGAUCAAGAACAUUGCCGUGUAUUUUCCUUAGGUGCGCC